AUGGCCUCCCAAACAGCUCUCGAGGCUGCAUACCGCACGUUAAUCUCGCGCGGCCGUCUUUCUCACGAUAAUGGCCAAGCUGCAUUGGUCUCACGCCUCGCCCAGCUGCAGACCAGCCUGAGCCAACCAAGAUCUAAGUUAAACGCACCUGCGCCGCGAGGAGUGUACAUCUACGGCAGCGUAGGGACCGGCAAAUCGCGCAUUGCAGAUUUGUUUGCAGCGACACUGCCGGCCCAAAUUUCGCGCCGAAGAAUCCACUUCCACGAAUUCAUGCUUGACGUUCAUGCGCGUCUGCACACGGCGCGCUCGCAGUCCUCGUUCCGUGGCGAUCCUCUGAUCCAGAUCGGUAUGGAUGUGCGCAAGGAAAGUCAGGUGUUGUGUUUCGAUGAAUUUCAGGUCACCGACAUCGCGGAUGCGAUGAUUUUGAAGCGGUUAUUCUCUGUGAUUUGGGGCACUGGCGGUGUGCUGGUCGGCACGAGUAAUCGCCCGCCAGAAAAACUGUAUGAGAACGGUUUAAAUCGGGACUUGUUCGUGCCGUUUAUACAUCAAAUAAAGGAUCGCUGUGAAGUGUGGAAGAUGGAAGGCCAAGACGAUUACCGGACCAAGGAUAUUGAUGACCCAGCCGAUCGAAUUGAGGUUCUCUUCCUGGAUCACAGUAGAUUUGAGGAGAGCCUGCACAGUCAGCUGUCUGGGCAAGCAUUACAGCAUUUCGAAAUUGCAGUACACGGGAAUCGAGGGUUCUCAGUAUCCGCU